AUGUGCGAACCCUCGCAGCUGUGUCCCUCAAACUCAGUGAUACCAACGCCCUCGCGUCCACUCAGUUUGACUUCCGGCAAUACGCUCAGCUCAUCGACACUAGACUCAAGUAAACCGACACCUGUUCCCCCAAUAACCAACUCUCGGUUUCAAAUCUCGAGCUCCCCCCUGUCGAAACCCCCACACCCUACGUCUAAUGUUUCUUCCACUUUUAAUCCCACAUACCAACGUAUUAGCGUAUUUCUACCGAGCUCUAUCAUCGCAACUCCUCUGCCAGUCAGUCAGGAUUAUCUCAGUGCGUCUGAUAGCAUCAGUAGCAUGAAUACGAUUACUGCUACCUCGCUUUCGCCCAAUCCGAUGACUCUGACCUCUUACCCGCCACUUUCGACGACCGUUCCUUCUCUGACAAAUACCUCGGAACCCCUCACCUCCUCCAUAGUCGUAACUACCCCCCCGACGUCGCUUGUCCUUAACAUGACCGACACGUCGGUCAUGCCGGACUCCCCUAGAUCCCUCACAUCUAAUAAUAUUACACCUACUACCUCGUUAUCGACAGAGACGAGUUCUAGCUUCAUUUCCGCAGCUGGCGAAGCCGGCUCCGAAAGCUCGUCCGUAUCGUCCGCGUCAUCUGUAUUGCCCAGCCCGUCUACUCACGUCCCAGGCUCCCGCACUGGCGGUUCAUCAAGGCUGCCUCGGAUUUUAGGCGGUGUCUUCGGUGCUCUUGCCUUCCUCCUGCUUGUUGGCCUCCUUAUUUACCAACGCCGUCGCCAUCGCAGCCGCACUCAGCACUUUCAGGAUGAGGGGCUCGAACACAAGGACUGUCCUGCAGGACUCCCUCCUCCCAUCGUCUCGCCACCCGCUUCACCGCCCCCGGCUGAAUCCGCGUCUCUGAGCUCCAGAAUAAGUGAGAGCACGAUCUUCUCUGCUGACGACACGGCGUAUUGGUGUCCCCAGCACGUUAACACGGAACUCGACCAUCCUUCAGGCUUGAUCGCUGACUUUGGCGUGCCCGAAAGGGACUCCCUUGUGGGCAUGACCCCGCUGACGAUGUCUUGGCCCGGCGGAGAGUGGGUGUCGCAUCUGCUCGUGCCGGCUGAGAUGUCGCCACGGAAUUCGGUUGACCAACAGGCCGUUCUGUCGUCACUAACCUGGCAAGAGACGGUCGGCAUGGCGGAUGCGGGUAGCAAAAGCAGGCUGUCAAAUAAGUCGGAAGACGAGACGGAUGAAGUUGGCGGGGACAUAUUUGAAGCUGGGCUGGCUUUUUAA